AUGAACCAAUUGCUCAUGGACCAUGCCCGCCAUUUCCGGCUGCCGUUUCCGUCAAGCUAUGACUUUGAGGACGGAGUUGCCCUGGACAAUGUAAGCUUGAAUCCUGCCUUGGAGUUUGUGUGCGGCCGGGGGGAUGUGGCUCCUCAAAUCGAGGAAGAGGUGCAGACAAUGAAGCUUGGAGAACGCCGCGCGUUGAUGCUAGACCGCUCGAACCCAUUGUUUGGAUUUUAUGAUGAGAGCAAGUUAGUGUCGGUGCCCGCGUCCAAGGUUUCUGACGCUGAGAUUGGCACAGUAGUUUCCCUUGAUGGGUAUGGAGUGGGAAUGGGAGUCGUCGUGGAGCGCAAUCCCCGGACAGCGCUCAUAGACCAGAACCACCCGCUGGCCGGCAAGAGUGUCAACGUGACACUCACACUGUUACGAUGUGAAAAGGUCCCACCAAGGGAUGUCGUCGUACGGUCGUUGAUCACAGGCGAUGGCCGGACCUACCCUGCUUAUGGCGACUGGCUCACACUGCACUAUGAGCUCUCGCUUGCGGGCUCCAAAAAAAUCAUUGACUCCACUAGAGAUGCAAGUCCCAUGGAGUAUCACCUGGGAUUUCAGCCCGCAACUCUGGUUCCCGGAUUUGAGAUCGGAGUCCAACAAGUUUCGCUUGGCGAGGUCGCUUCGAUACAUGUCCCGGCUCAACUGGCCUACGGAAGCAAGGGCUCAGACAAAGGGAUCCCAGCAAAUGCGGAUCUAGUUUUCAAAGUGGAACUUCUGAGCAUUAGGUCAGAGCUGGAGCUCGCGUUUUGA